GACGAGUCCAUUAAUGCGGUUAUCAAAAGCGAUGAGACGUCCGCUCACAAUCAGCUUACAAUAUCAGUGCCAGCUAGAGUGGUGAAGUGCUCGGAUUGCUGCAGAUCUAGUCCACUCGCACGUAUCACCAACUUUAGGAUACGUUAAAAUCUCUGCAGGGAUGUCGGCAAAGGCAACUUCUUGUGGCUGGUGGAUUUGCAGACCACAAUGGUUGCAGAGGUGGGCCAAUCCCAAGACCUUUUUAUGGGUCUACGGACUCUUGGGAACCACACAGACAAUGGCCUAUGUGUACUUUGUAGCCACGCUGACAACAAUGGAGAGGCGGUUCAAAAUUCCUAGCAAAACCACUGGUUUGAUGCUAAGUGGAAACGAGAUUAGUCAAAUUUUACUAUCCCUCCUGCUGACAUAUUUCGGGGGUCGCGGAAACCGUCCGCGGUGGAUCGCGUGCGGCGUGGCCAUUUCUGCCCUUUCUUGUUUCAUCCUGGCGCUGCCGCACGCCAUGUAUGGGCCCGGCAGGGACGCCCUCGCCCUGACCAAGGAGUUCAACGCGGCGGUCAACGACAGCUACAUGCAGAGCAGCAUCAUGGGUCUGACGAGCCCCAAAUGCGGCACCGAGUUCGCCAAACGCGCCUCCGAGAUGGAGGAGGCGUGCUUGACCGCCGACGAGAACAACAGCACCGACGGAAAUUACUCCCUGGUACCCAUUCUCUUGAUCUUCCUCUCGCAAUUCGUGCUCGGCAUCGGAACCACCCUGUACUGGGCCCUCGGUCAAAUUUACUUGGACGACAAUACAAGAAAAACCAAAACACCUCUUCUCUUAGGAAUGACUCUCGCCCUUCGAACCUUGGGUCCUGCUCUGGGUUUCGUGAUCAGUUUUGGCUGCCUGAGCAUGUACAUCGACCCUUUCAUGACCCCAGUGAUCAACAAACAGGACCCCCGGUGGCUCGGCGCCUGGUGGUUGGGUUGGAUUUUCCUCGGCUUGCUCAUGUUGGUGUUCGCCAUGCUCAUUUCCCUCUUCCCCAGAUCGCUUCCGCCCAAGAGAAGCAAGUCCGGAGCUCCUCUUUUGAGUCCGGCCGAGCCAGAAAAGCCAAGACUAAAAGACUUCCCGACGGCUUUGAAGCGAAUUUUGUGCAACAAGCUGCUGAUGACAAACAUCAUGUCUUCCGUUUUUUACAUUCUCGGGGCUUCGGGUUACAUCACUUACAGCAUCAAGUACAUGGAAAUACAGUACAACAAGUCUGCCGCCGGCGCUAGCAUGUUGGCAGGAACAUCUGGCCUCCUUGCCAUGACAUUUGGUUUUUUGAUUUCCGGGAUCGUGAUUUCAAAGUUCCAGCCGCGACCGAGGAUAGUUUUAUUUUGGAACGUAAUCGCCGGACUUGCGUACGUCCUUGCCGAAGUAUGUUUCAUCUUCAUCGGCUGCCCUGAUGACAUUGUCCAUGGCACCAAUUCAUUGGGAACGCCUUUCCAGCUCAAUUCCGAGUGCAAUUCUGGCUGUGCCUGUCCUGCCGACAUUCGAUUCUCGCCCGUGUGCAUUGAGGGCACCACUUUUUACUCGGCGUGUCAUGCGGGUUGCGACACGCAGUAUGCAGGAUUGGAAGGAAUUCAGCGGAAUGUUACCUUCUCCAACUGCUCCUGCGCUGGUGCCGCCUUCCCUCAAAACAACUUCACCGUGCCUGAAGUCUUCGGAUCAAUUCUUGCCACCGAGGGCACUUGUAUCCAAGAUUGUCGCUACAUGUUCAUCUGGUUCAUUGUGGGCACCUGUUUCAUGCAUAUGAUCGGCAGUUCUGCCAGGGUUGGAAAUAUUCUAGUCAAUUUCAGGUGUGUGGAGCCCAUGGAUAAAGCUUUUGCACAGGGCCUGGCUCUUGUUUUAAUCAGUUUGCUGGCUUUGAUACCAGGACCAAUCAUUUUCGGAAUUUUAAUUGAUGCGUCGUGCUUGAUUUGGGAUGAGUCGUGCGGAAAAAGAGGAAAUUGUUCCUUGUAUGAAAAAUCAAAAUUUAGAUACUUCAUGAACGUCGGGGCUGCUUCAAUCACGCUCAUAGCAGUUAUACUGGACCUAGUUGUGUGGUAUCUUGGCAAAGAUUUGGAUUUGUAUGGCGCAGACGAACAGGAUGAACCGGAACAACAAAAACCAAGACGGAUCCACAGAAAGGCCUGAAUGCCACAGAUACUCACAAGAAGAGUGAGAUUUUUGUUUGUUUGAGGCCUUAAAAUAAUAUAGCUAAGUAUUUUCGAAAUGCAAGGAUCUCAUCUCAGUAUACAUGGUGUGAAUCUUGAAACAAUAAAUUCAAAGUUUUACACAGUUUUACACAACUGGAAGUCAAUUGUCUCUAAUUCUCGUCUUUUACUGGGAAAUUGGACACUUUGACACUAACGAUGUCUUCGGUGCGAAGAAUCGCUUGCGGAAUCACACCCAGUGGCGUUUCCAGAUUCGAAACGCACAAAUUCAACACAUCCCGGUCGCAUCCCUUCA